CCAGCCCCGAGGGUCUCGAGGCAGUGGAAGUUGAAGGAGUUUGGAAAAGAUUGGGAAAGAUUGGGAAAGAUUGGAGAGAGAUUGGAAAACCUGGAAAGGUUCCAUCUGAGAACAGAGUCUUUAGUCUCUUUCGUACAUGACUGGAUGGUAACAUUAUUAGCAACCACCCAGGGCUUAAUUCGCACCAUCUGUUGAGCUUAAAUAAUACCAAAGACAUAUAAAUCACCAUUUCUCCUGCAAUCUUAAUGUUUGACAAUCUUGUUUUUCAAUAAUUUUUUUUUUCAAUACCAAGAUUCACUUUUAUUUAAUUCACGUCUUCUCAUUGCAUUCAUUUUCAUCCCAAAUUAAAAAUGUCUGAUUUACUUGAUAAAUCUACUGGAAGACCCAGAGCAGCCAAAUUACCUCCUACUCACAGAACUCCAAACACUCCUAAUGGUUAUUACUACGGAAAUUAUCCCUCAGAAGAUGGCCCCUUUAGAAAUAGCUUAUUUACAAAUCCAAUGUAUCCUAAUAUGCCUUAUUCAUACACUCCUUUUUACCAUUUAUAUCCCCAAUCAUGGGUUCCUUGGGACGAGGAGGAGAAUGAUGGUGACAACAAAAAAGAUGCAGAGCCUGAAAAGAAAAAGGAGGAAAAAAAAAAAGACGAGCCAAAAUCAGAAGAAAAAAAGCCAGAAAAAAAACCAGAUCCUCCUAAACCAAUUAGAGUCGGAAUUUAUAAUGAUACUACUAAAGGCACCUAUGAAUUUCCUUAUCAAUAUGUCAAAACUUGGGCAGGUUUGUCUCAAUCUUUAAAGCAAGCGUAUCCCGAGCUUACAAAAGAUAUUGAAAGUAGUAAAGUUGCAAUAUUUAUUGAGGAUUCUGGUUUAUUUAUUGUUCCCGAGAGUUGGGAGAAAUUUGUUUCAUCUGGCCUAAAAAUUAGCAUCAAAAGUCUUGUUAAAAAACCUGUAAGAAAAGGUCGUGCUGGGGCUUUGGGUGGACUUGGUAAUCCUUUUGCAGGUGCUGGUCCUUUAGGUGAGUUUCCAAAGGGUCCUCUAGGUGGUUCAGCAGGAGGGCCACUAGGAGGUUCAAGAGCAGGUCCUCUAGGUGGCCUUUCAGGUGGUCCUCUAGGUGGUGCGCCUCCUGAUCUUUUAACUGGCCCUGGUAUUAAAAGAUCUGACUCACUUGGAAAGAAAUUGUCAAGGAAAUUGACUAUCGACAAGAAAAAGUUUGCUAAAAAACCAUUUGUUGUCUGGGCCGCUUCAUGAAACUGACAAUAUUUUGACUAUUUUUAUUUUUAUUUUUAUUUUUAUUUUUAUUUUUAUUUUUGUUUUA